AUGGUUCUCACCCACACGACCAACCACACAUACUCCCACCCCUUCCCUACCGUCACCCUCGCCUUCUUCCUCCGAUACUACUCGCCCCAGCUCAAUCCCUUCUCGAGCCAUGUGCUGUCGACCGAUACCAUCUCGUCGCAUGUCGACCCGGACACCGGCCGCCUGCACACGACGCGCAUCCACCUCAAGAGGUCUCGCAUGCCCGCUGCCGUCGUGAAACUGCUCCCCACCAGCGUCACCGGCGGAGGGGGCGACAAGUCAAGCUACGUCCUCGAGAACAGCGUAGUGGACAUCAGAGAAGGAUGGAUGAAGACCGAGAGCCAGAACCUCAACUUCACCGGUAUACUGAGCAUUGUCGAACAGCAGCAUUACUCCGUUUCCCCACCGGAUGCGACGGCGUCGAGUGCUGAACGCGACUCUGUGCUCGGAACCAGUCCACUCGCCUCUACCGUUGCGCGACCAAUCUCUCCAAACACCUUCGUCACCACCACCUUCUCAUACCGUUCUUCACUCGGCAACAAGAAACAGGACCACGCAGCCUUGGCGUCUACAGAUGCAAGCGAUGAGCCCGGGCCUCGACGCAUUGGAGGCUGGAUCUCGGGCUGGGGUGCCAACCGCAUUCAACGGAGCAUCGAGUCCAUCGCCUCGAACAAGACAGAUGACGCCGUAAACAAGUCACGCGAUGGCAUGCGCAUGGUGUUGGAGCGACUGCGAAGCAACGGGGUCGUCGCAGUGCUCAUGGAGCUAAGGCGGCGGGAAGGGAAAAGCGUGUUCGACCAGUCAUGA